AUGACCCAGCUUGACAUUGCGUACAAACAAGAUAAAUACGUAAAUUCUUCCGAGACAGCUAAAGGUGACAUCACCAGUACAGGCAUGAAGUUACCCGUUCUUCUUCUGUUUGCGUUGUGCGCCGUUCUCCUUGAUACCAGUUCCUAUGUACAAGGUCAUAAACGUAGGGGUGGAGGCGGCGUUAUAGGAGGUGGAGGCAUUAUAGGCGGUGGCAUUGUAGGAGGUGGUGUCAUAGGAGGUGGUGGUGUUAUAGGAGGUGGUGUUAUAGGAGGUGGUUUCAUAGGAGGUGGUGGUAUCAUAGGAGGCGGUGGCAUAGGAGGCGGUGGCAUCAUAGGAGGCGGAGGCAUCAUAGGAGGCGGAGGUAUCAUAGGAGGCGGUGGCGUCUGGAGAGGUCGUUCAUGGCGUCGUCGUUUCUGGCGACGUCGUUUCAGGCGCCGGCACCCGUGCUGGCGCAUGUUCUGUCCACGUGGAAUGCGCUGUAUCCGCCGAGGAAGGCGUGGUAUCUGUGUGUGGUGGAGACGACCCGUGUGGCCACUAAUGUUCAGUUCUGAUCAGAGUACAGACUCAUGACAUCUUAACGUUAC